GAUGGGAGGUCUGGAUGGAGACAUGUUUAAUUACUAUAAGAUGCUCUGUCUCUCUGUAGGUGAUGGGAGGUCUGGAUGGAGACAUGUUUAAUUACUAUAAGAUGCUCAUGCUGCAGGGCCUGAUAGCAGCACGUAAACACAUGGACAAAGUCAUCCAGAUAGUGGAGAUCAUGCAGCAAGGCUCCCAGCUGCCCUGCUUCCACGGCUCUAGCACCAUCCGGACCCUGAAGGAGCGUUUCCACAUGAGCCUGACGGAGGAACAGCUGCAGGUCCUGGUGGAGCAGAUGGUGGACGGAUCCAUGCGCUCCAUCACCACCAAGCUCUAUGACGGCUUCCAGUACCUCACCAACGGCAUCAUGUGAACGUGUGCGUGUGCGUGUGCGUGUGUACAGGACGUGUGUAUGGAAAGGAUACAUGAGUGUGUGUGUGUUUCUAAAUGUGCAGUGGACAUAAAUGGACUGGACUGGAGAGGCCGCACCACGGGCAGAGACCACUCCCCCUACAAGUCCCCAUACCUCUACAGACAGAAUACAUUCAUAGUUAAUAGUUGUGUUUCUAACACCACCUCAACCUUGGACUGAUGUCUUUCCUCACAGGAUUUAGACAGGAGAUUGGAGAGGUUUCAGCUGUGGUUUUCAUCUAUUCCUGCAUCUUUAUUCAUGUCUCUCUGUUUCUCUGUCUGUUUCACCCCCUUAUAUCUUUCCAUGUGCUUUGUUUUCUCCAAUAGGAAUGUGUUCUGUUUCUCCCUGUCUCUGCAGUAUGUAAUGGUACAGUUUCUCUGUGCCUCAGAUAUACAUGACACUCACCGGCCCUUUAAAUCAAUCUGUCUCACCCCAGUGUGUGAUGGUGUUCAGUCUCCAUAUUGACCAUUUCAUUCCAAACUCUCUAUUACAGUGGUUUUCUCUACACUUUCUCAGUCAUGGAAUGAACACUUAGUGAAAUGUCUAGGCACCAGCUCUGUUUCCAUUGUCUUUGGACUGCCAUACUCAUGACUGUUCUUGGUUGUUGAGGAGUGACAUUGUUUGCUAGAUGCACAUAGUUCCCCCAAAAUAUGAUCCGACAAUAGUGGUUUGGAAUGAGGGAGCGCCACGCUACCGAUGUAUCUUCUAUCAACCUAAUUUAUUCUGUAAGCUUUUGUGCAUCACUUUGUAUGAAGGGACAUGACUCGACUGUGAAGACUUGUAUUUCUACCUGAUAUAAUUUUGGAGGAAGAAGAAGAGCCUACUGCUGUCUGUAUUGAGCCACAAGAAACUGGUACUUGUGGGGAGGGUCUGAAUAGACAAAAGGAGAGCAAAGCAGUUUUACAACUACCAGUGUGACUGAAGUACCUCAGAACUCAGUAUUUCACAAAAGCAGCAAAGACUUUGAAUAUUGAGGUAAAUAGUCAAUUCAUGAAUGGUUGACUUAGUGUUACUUCAACAUUUCUAAAUCUGAAUGCUUUUGGAUGGAGGUUGAUAAAGAUGGGGUCUAUGAACUGUAUGGCUGAUUUCCUGUGUUUUAGGGCAGGAUAGAGAUGAUGUAUGUCCAUCCACCACUCUACAUUCAUCUCAAUAGAAUCUGGAUUCUCACCCCUGUUCCAGAUGUCUGAAUGUGUAAGGGCAAACCAAUUACAAGCUAGAAUCCUAAUUAAAUGUAUUUCUCCCAAUAGUUUUUCUACUACCUUUAGUGUUUUUGUCAAACAUUUUUAUUUCUUUAUGAACUGUUAUUUAAUGGACCAGCUGUAAUGAUCACGUGACCUCCCUUAACUUGUACAUUUGUCUUUGUAAUAAAUUAAAUUUGUCUGUCA